AAUGAGGUAAAGCCGGAACUCCUUAAAACACGAAAAGACUGCGCCUCCGUACCUCCGUACAGCUACACAUCGAACCAGGUCCUCUGGUGUGGAGAAGGCAGCCGACUGUCAGCGAUGGAGCGCUUUCUGGGAGGAGGAAUGCUUCCACUGGUGUUAACAAGCGUUGGGGUUUUGCUGCUCUACCGGAUACUUGUCCACCUCAGAAAAGGAGCUUCUGUGCAAGGAGCUGUUGUGGUCAUCACAGGGGCCAGCUCUGGACUUGGGAAAGAGUGUGCACGAGUCUUCCACGCUGCAGGUGCACGGCUGGUGUUGUGUGGACGAGAUGCAUCCCGUCUGCAGCAGGUGGUCCAGGAGCUUACAGCGAGCUUGGCAGACGCAAAGCAGCAGACUUACACUCCCAGCACUGUUAUCUUCAACCUGACUGACGCUGACACGGUGGACAGAGCUGCAGAGGAGAUCCUGAAAUGUUACGGACAAGUGGACGUCCUGAUUAAUAACGCUGGAAUCAGCUACCGUGGCAACAUACUGGAAACCCACAUAUCAGUUCAAAGGGAUGUUAUGGAAACUAAUUACUUUGGGACCGUUGCUCUGACUCAAGCUCUCCUUCCCUCCAUGGUUCGCCGGCGAAGUGGCCACAUCGUCGUCAUUAGUAGUGUCCAGGGCAAGAUAGCCAUUCCUUACAGAUCAGCUUAUGCAGCCUCUAAACACGCCACCCAGGCCUACUUCGACUGCUUACGGGCAGAGAUCGAGCGCUAUCAGAUCCCAGUGACGGUGAUCAGCCCUGGGUACAUCCGAACCAACCUGUCGGUCAACGCUGUCACUGGAGAUGGCUCCAAGUAUGGAGUUGUGGAUAAAACCACAGCUUCAGGUCGGGACCCCAGAGACGUAGCUCAGUUAGUCCUGAAGGCUGUCCGUCAGAGGAGCAAAGACGUUAUUGUUGCCGGACUUAUACCCAACGUAGCCGUCUACCUCCGAACACUGUGGCCUGCACUCUUCUUCAAAAUCAUGUCCUCCCGAGCUCGCAAGGAGCAGAAACCUAAAGAAGAGUGAUGCAGCAGCAGGAUGUUAGCUUCACACGGACCAAAGACCGGAGAGACGACACUCCAUGGAGCUGUUCAGUAACAAUUCACCAUGAUGACAGCCUGUGUUUAGUGGUUUGUUGUUUGAGCAAGGAUGAGUUGGUGAGCUGUUUCUGGAGAUUAACUACAAAGCACUGCUCCACUAUCAAAGAUGUUGUGAUGUUUUUUGACUUUUGAAGAAUGUUGGUUUGGAUUAAAUUUCUGAAGUGCAUGUUAAAAUUACUGAGAGAUGGAGCAGUGUCAGAUGGGAUGUAAACUGUAUACAUACACACUGCACUGCAGACCUUACAAUUCCAAAAGUCAAAUAUAUAAGAACUUGAUAGAAGCAGUUGCAGUUACUUCUGCUGUAAAACGUGCGCUGUGGUGUAAGAGUUACAUUUCAUGAGUGAUCUUUCUUAUGAAACAGCACCUGACAUGUUUCUGGGUCACUUCUUCCAAGUAGCUCUCAGAACACACUGAAAAUGAUUCUCAGGCGAUUUUAACGUGUAGGGAGAACACUGCUCAUCUCUGUGCAGAAUCAAGUGUUUCAGUUUCCUGUUUAAGCAAUUUUUAAACCAUUUUUUCCCCACUUUAUUUCAGUCCAGAUGAGCAACAUUACAACUCUCCUAUGAUAUUUGGAUCCUGUAUAUUCCUGUUGACUUAGCUGAAUAUUUUGUGUUGCUUUGAGGGCUACGAAUUUAUUUUCUGUAACGGGAACAGUGAAGGAUUCAGUCUGCACAUAAACCACUAAUCCAUCUCUGGGAAAGCAGUCAAACCUGAAGCUGUUAGCGACCGCCCUCAGGUGACACACAAACCUGGUAAAAGUUUGCAAUUAAACUGGCUUUACCACAAAUUGCACACAAUAAAUACAAGAAACAAGCAUUUUUUUAAUAACUAUCUUUAAACACAGAAUAAAAACACCUUUUACAAACUGAAAACUUAAAACGGGUUUUCCUUUUUAGAUGCCACCUUAAUAUUAAGUUAAACAGAAAACACCUUUUUUCUUAGAAAUGUUAACAAUAAAUAGUUCAAAUAACAAUUUACAUUAUGUUACAAAAGCGCAGUGAAUACUGGAACUGCCAUUUGUACAAACAAAAUCCUUCAACAGGAAAAAUAUACUUGCCAGAUUGAAAGACAAAACCCACCAUUUAUUCCUUAUUAAGAAUCAUUUAGUGCGACAACAUGAAGAUUUUCCAGAUGUCUUUCACAAAUGAAUAAACAUCACAAGAGCUUUCACAUCGUAAAAUCAAAGUCUCGAAGUUGCUUGAAGGAAACCAAUGUUCUAAAUUUGUGGAAUGACUGGAGCUCGCCUACAAAUUACACUCAGAUUCAGUCAAACAUGUUGAUGAGAAGAUUUCGCAAUACUGCAUAUUGAUGAUGCUGGUUAAUUAAAAUGAGUCUGAACGCAAUUCAGUCUGGGCUUCCCAUGGUGAGUGUGUAUUCCCUGUUAAUAACAGGAUGUUAAAUUGUAGGCAAAAAUGUUUCUAAGAUUCUAUUUACCUUUAACUUCAUCACAAAGAGGGAGCUGGUGUUAAAGGGUGUUUAGAACUCAGUCAAGCUGAAAUUAGCCAUAGUGUUCUGUUAGUAUCCAGUACCAGUCAAAUGUUUUGGGAUGUAAUAAAGGAAUCACCACAACACUUAAUGAGUCAACUAUGGCUUUAGUGUUUGAUUUAAUGACAUACAUCUGACUGUCUGUUCUUACAGAGUGUAACACUACGGGUAACUUUUAGUGGUGCUCAAAACAUUUUUAGUCUCUAAAUGGCACAUUAAUACCCAGCUCUUUUAUUUGAAAGAUAUAAGCAAGAGAGCUAAGGUAAAUUUCUUUAUUGUAGCUCAGGAAGAAAAAAAAACAGUCAAAGGGCUGCCAACUGCAGUGACAGGGUUAUUUAAAAGGAGACCAAGAAUCCUAUGUCUGGGUGUACCAUCAACCUGAAAUUAUCAAUCAGCGACUGAAAAAUAAAUAUCAGCUUAAAGGCCCUCUCAGUUGUUAUUACUAUCCCUUAAAAGUGAUGAAAAUUUCAUUCUACUAGCAAAUUCCAAUGUGAUUGCAGCACAAAAUUCAAAAAGUAGUAAACUGCAGAGAAUCACAUCUGUAGAAUAUCUGCCAAGUGGAGUCAACCACUGAGCUGCCGUUCUGUACGUGGCUGUAGGAAAUGAUUCCAAACACGCAUGGCUAAAUACAACCAAUAAAACCUGAACUGAUAAGAGAGGAAGAGCACGUGAACUGGAGGGCAGCAGGAAAGAUUUUACUUCUGCCUGCCCUACUGUGUUAUGCUCCACUUUUGCAACUUAACAAUGGCAAGUAUUUUCACCAUGUCCAACCUCUUUCUCGCUGUCAUUACUUUCAAAAUCACACUCCGGCAGCAGUUUACCACCAGGUGGGAUCUGUACUGCACAUUUUGGCAGAUUUACACAUUUUGGGGGUCGAUCUGAGAGCACAUAGACACACACACUCACACACACAGAGCAGAAACAGACAAAAGAUUGGUGAAAAUAUUUUGUUCAGAUAUGGCAUAGUAUUUUCCUGUACAUGAGGUUGUGUUUUGUAAACGCAUUUCUUUAUCUAAAGUGUUUGUUUUUUAAAGGGUAUUUACAUUAGUUCAGUUCAGUCCAGUGAAACCAUCGUGUUUCAAGCUUCCUUUGAAUGAAGCUCACGGUUCACUGGUAUUCAUAGAAUUCUACUGAAGAAACUGUAUAGCUAUGGUAUCAGAGGAACGCCACAAUAUUGGUUACAGAGUUAUCUGUCGAACAGAAAGCAGUUUGUUCAGGUCGAUCAUCAUAAAUCUACUUGUAGAAAUAUUAUGUGCGGUGUUCUGCAAGGAUCAAUUUUAGGGACUUCUUUGUUUUUGCUUUAUAUUAAUGACAUCUGUAAAAUUUCUAAAAUCAUAAAAUUUAUACUUUUUGCUGAUGACACAAAUUUGUUAUUUUCAAGGAUAGAUUUGGGAAAACUUUUGAAUGAAAUAACUAUAGAGCUGCAUAACCUGAAAAAAUGGUUUAAUAUGAACAAAUUGUCACUAAACCUAAAAAAGACAAACCUUAUGACAUUUGGAACGCGUAAAAACGAUUUACCAAUUCAAAUAACCGUUGAUAAUACUAUUAUUGAAAGAGUACAACAAAAUGUGUUUUUGGGCGUAGUCAUUGAUGAAAAAUUAUGUUGGAAGCCUCACAUAAGUUAUGUACGUAUGAAGGUUGCUAAGUGUAUUGGUGUGAUGAAAAGAUGUAGCUUAGUACUAAAUCCAAAUGCAUUAUCCAUCCUGUAUCAUUCUUUUAUAAUGGCCUAUUUGAAUUACGGUUUAGAAGUUUGGGGGAAUUGUUAUAAAACAAAUUUAUUACCUUUAGUCACUCUGCAAAAACGAGCUAUUAGGGUUGCUCAUAAUGUCAGAUAUGAUCAUCACACCAAUCCACUCUUUCUUAACUCAUCUAAUCUCAAAUUAUACGACUUGGUCGAUUUGAAAAUUGGACAGAUUAUGUUCAAGGCAUCAAAAAAAUCCCUUCCUGGUAAUAUCCAGGCUCUAUUUCAAGAUAGAGACGCUCAUCAUAAAUAUAAACUGAGGGGAACUGAUCAAUUAUAUCUGCCGAAAGUAAGGACAACCCUAAAAUCCAUGUGGAUUUCAGUGAAAGGGGUGUUGCUAUGGAACAGUCUUCCAGAAGAAAUAAAAAUGUGCAAAAAUAUUGUCCAGUUCAAAAAAUUAUUUAAAAGACAAGUGUUGAGUAAAUACCAGGAGGGGAUGGAAGACUGAUGCCUCCACUGCUAGGCACAGGUGCUUAAGAAUGCAUGGCUGUGGCCGAUACACCUACACUUGACAUACACAUAUUACAUUACAUUCAUAAACAGGCACACUCACAAUGUGUAUGGGCCUGGGUAUGGGUGACCCAUGAUUACCACAGCCAGAAAACGCUUUUGUAACUAGAAUAUAUUUAUUCCUUUUUCUGUUCUCUCGUUUUUGUUUUUUUCCCCAAAAUGUGUUUGUAUAACAUUGUAUGUUGUUGGUAUGUAUUAGCAUAAGUAGAUGCUCAAGGAUCCGCGUCGAUGUAUUGUGUAUCUACCUAAAAGAAUGAGGAUUGACACCAUUGUUCUAAUUGAGAUGUUUCAGUGUUCAAAGGGGGGAGUGGUGUGGGUUUGAAGUGUAAUGGGCCUGUCUUUUGUCUCGUCUAUAUGUGUGUGGCAGGAAAAUGUAGUCCUAUAUGGAAGUCUGGUGGUGUGUGAGGGGUUGGAAUUUAUAAGCGUUGCUUCAUCCAUCCCCUUUUCAAAUCACUCAUGUAAAUUGUCUGAUUUUGAUAAUGUCAGAAGUUUAUUUGAAAUAAAAAUAAUCAAUCAAUCAA